GAGCCCCCGGCCCCGUGGAGCGGCCCGCGACGUUUCCUGCUCCUCCGCCGGCUGCCCGAGCCCUCAUCCGGGCCCGGCGCCCGGCCGAGGGUCCCCCGCUGCCGCCCGGCCCGCGCCGCUUUGCAGCGGCCCCGGUGCGGACCGGCAGCCCUCAGCCCUUCGACCCCGGCCCGGUGGGGUGCCCUCGCCGUGGGGGAAUCCUGUGGGGCCGAGGCGCCCGCCGCUCGGUUCGAUGCUCGGCCGGAGCUGUUGGAGCGGCCCUCGAGGUUUGUUUUCAACAGGAUCAGUUCCCUGUUUCCACUUCUGCAAGCUCUAGUACUGGAGCUGUGGGUGGGGGAGACGGCACGGAGGGGCUGUGCUGUUGCUAAAAGGAAGUGACACGGAUCCGGUGCAUACUGCCCAUGGGGCUGUGAGCUGGCUCCUUCUGGAAGUGGUCCUGUCUGCCUCACCCUCACCUGGGUCCAUCACCCAUCAGAGGUGAAGAUUGUGCACUCAGCAGCUCUUCCCUUGGCGUUUCUUCCAAAUGCAUAAGUGAUGCCUGCAUAGGAGAGAGGCCACUGAUAACUUGGUACAGCCCAUAGGUUCGUAUCUCUUCCUGUAUCCAUGGAGUCAAGGUUAUAGCUCCAAGUGAAGAACUUUGCAAGAGGAGUUUUUAGAGAAGUGCUACUGUGGACCUGAGAAAAAAACGACAUCAACAUCUGAGAAAUGAAUAAAUUACGGCAAAGCUUUAGGAGAAAGAAAGAUGUCUAUGUGCCGGAGGCCAGUAGGCCUCAUCAGUGGCAGACCGAUGAAGAAGGCGUUCGUACUGGCAAGUGCAGCUUCCCUGUUAAGUACUUGGGACACGUGGAAGUGGAUGAAUCCAGAGGAAUGCAUAUCUGUGAAGAUGCUGUGAAGAGACUGAAAUCUCUACCUUCAGUAAUAGCGCUCGACUUGUCCCCCCUGUUCCUCCAGGAAAGGAAGUUCUUCAAAGGCUUCUUUGGAAAAACUGGGAAGAAGGCGGUUAAAGCGGUCCUGUGGGUAUCGGCGGAUGGACUCCGAGUUGUAGAUGAGAAAACAAAGGAUCUUAUAGUUGAUCAGACAAUAGAGAAGGUUUCUUUCUGCGCGCCAGACAGGAACUUUGACCGGGCGUUCUCAUACAUCUGCCGAGAUGGCACCACCAGGCGCUGGAUAUGCCACUGCUUCAUGGCUGUGAAGGACACGGGGGAAAGGUUGAGUCAUGCCGUGGGCUGUGCGUUUGCAGCGUGCCUGGAGCGAAAGCAGAAGCGAGAGAAGGAGUGUGGAGUCACUGCCACCUUUGAUGCCAGCAGAACCACAUUCACUAGAGAGGGGUCAUUCAGGGUCACUACAGCUACUGAACAAGCAGAAAGAGAGGAAGUUAUGAGACAGAUGCCGGAUGCUAAAGCUGAAACAGAAGUGAAGACAGCAGCACCAGGUGCUGCCCCAACUACUACUGCCCCCUCUCCUGGCUCACCAGCUUCUCCUACUGCUGAAGUUGCUGCCUCUGUGGAGAAGGAAAUGAGCAACCCCCAUGCUAUCCCACGGAGGCACGCCCCUAUAGAACAGCUUGCCAGGCAAGGCUCUUUCAGGGGCUUCCCCGCCCUUAGUCAAAAGAUGUCUCCUUUUAAGCGCCAGCUGUCCUUGCGAAUAAAUGAACUGCCUUCAACAGUGCAAAGGAAGACAGAUUUCCCCAUGAAAAACUCAGUCCCAGAGGUGGAAGGGGAAGUGGACAGCAUUAGUGCCCUGUGCUCGCAGAUCACCAGUGCGUUCAGCAUGCCGUCGGAGGACCCUUUCUCUUCAGCACCCAUGACAAAACCUGUGACAGUGGUUGCCCCACAGUCUCCUGCCUUUCAAGUUAAUGGCACUGCCUCAGCCUUCUGUGUGCUUGCUGCUAAACCAUCCCAAGCUGCUGUAGUGUCCACAGCUAUGCCAGUUCGUGAAACCAAUCCCUGGGCUCAUGCUCCUGCUGCUAAUACUGGAGCUGCAGCCAUGGUCUCUGGCACCGAGUGGAACAGCAGCACCCCAGGCACGGCCUCGCCAAGUCUCUUCCAAGGAAAUCACAGACGUACUCCCUCGGAGGCAGACCGCUGGUUGGAAGAGGUCUCCAAGACUGUCCGUGCCCAGCAGCAGCCAGCCCCCGCCGCACAGCCGCCACUGCAGCCCCCUCCGGCCGCUUCCCAGGCAGCAGCCGCCUACCCCGUGAGCACCUUCAUUGCGCCUCAGCCCGUGCCGGUUGGCGUGGUGCCGCCCAUGCAGCCACCCUUUAUUCCAGCUCAGCCCUACGCCGUAGCAAACGGGAUGACGUAUGCGGCAGCCCCGAGCGUACCUGUGGUGGGAAUCACACCUUCCCAGAUGGUAGCCAACGUCUUUGGCACGGCGAGCCACGCUCCGGCUGCCCAUCCGCACCAGUCGCCCAGCCUCGUCAAACAGCAGACGUUCCCUCAGUACGAGGCCGGCAGCGCUACGGCCAGCCCUUUCUUCAACCCGCCCGCGCAGCACAACGGCUCUGCGGCUUUCAAUGGCGUUGACGGUGGCAAAUGGGCUGCAGAGGACAAGCACCCCCAGCCUCCUGCGGCCGCCCCGCAGGUAGACCCGUUCGAAGCACAGUGGGCAGCACUGGAGAGCAAGGCAAAGCAGCGCACGAAUCCCUCCCCGACCAACCCGUUCUCGAGUGAUUUACAGAAGACAUUUGAGAUUGAACUUUAAGCGGCCCUGUAGAUAAAGGGAGCAGAGGGGACUGUUUCUCAUCUGUUUGCUUUGAUAAUCCCAAAGGUCCCUUCAAAUGAAAAAUGGGUUAGAAAGAGGGAGCAAUGAUGGGGAGGAUAUAAACGUAUGCGGAAUUUCAUGUGCAGUUCUCAAAAUAAACCCUGGAGCCACCUCGGUCUGCAUUCCCUCUUCACUUGGAAAGCUGGAAGUUACACAGCAGAGCUGGGCGCCCGGUCCUGCAGAAGCAUCACGUAUCUCAGAAAGGAUGGCAGACCUCAGACCUGCGACCUUCCGAGGCCCCGUGAGUCCUGGACAUUCCCCCCCC